AUGACUGGAUUCCACAACUUGGAGUAUUUUGAUGUUAGUGAAAACUCAUUUCUCGGGCCUUUCCCUAAAUCUUUGUUCUCGAUUUCUUCGUUGCAAAAGGUUGGUUUGGGAGAAAACCAAUUCACGGGACCUAUAGAGUUUGUGAAUACAUCUUCAUUAUCUAAGCUUCAAUAUUUAUACCUUAGGUAUAACAAUUUCAAUGGCCCAAUCCCGGAAUCCAUAUCUAAAUUUCUCAACCUCGAAAUCUUAGAUCUUAACCACAACAAACUCACCGGGCCAAUCCCUAGAUCUAUAUCAAAGCUAGUCAACCUCAAAUAUCUUGAUCUAGCACACAACAUGUUGGAAGGUGAAAUCCAUGAGUUAGAUGUGAAAUCGAAUUCAUUCCGGGGACCAUUUCCCCAUUGGAUAUGCAAGCUUAAAGGUUUAAGCUUCUUAGAUUUGUCCAACAAUCUCUUCAACGGCUCAAUCCCUUCAUGUUUAUGGAAUCUCACUUUGGAUUUGACAAAGCUAAGUUUGCGGAACAACAACUUUAGUGGAACUCUUCCAAAUAUAUUUGCCAAUGCUACAAAGUUAACAUCAUUGGACGUUAGUGGCAACGAGCUGGAGGGAAAGUUUCCAAAGUCAUUGAUCAAUUGCAAAGCUCUGCAACUUGUGAAUGUGGAAAGCAACAAAUUGAAGGACAAGUUCCCAUCGUGGUUGGGAUCUCUUCCAUCAUUAAAUGUUCUCAGCCUCAGAUCAAACGAGUUCUAUGGGCCAUUGUAUCAACCCAUUGGGUUUGAGAGUUUAAGAGUCAUUGAUAUUUCUCACAAUGACUUCAUUGGAACGCUUCCAUCUUUCUAUUUUUCCAACUGGAGUGCAAUGACGACAUUAACCGAAGAAAAUGGUUUGUACACGGACGAUUUUGCGAAUUAUUCUGUCAUCUAUCAGUCGAUGGAAAUGGUGAAUAAAGGAGUAGAUACAGAAUUUGACCGGAUCCAGAAAGACUUCAUAGCGAUUGAUGUAUCUGGAAACAAAUUUUACGGCAAAAAAUCCCUGAAUCCAUUGGUCUUCUCAAGGAAUUGCGUCUUCUCAACUUCUCAACCUGAAGCUGUAUAG